AUGGACAGAAAGUCCUUUAUGGACACCUGGUCAUCCAAGGAAGACAGCCAGAAAACAAGUGAAUCCAUCCCACAGUCUACCAACCAACAGACAGAUAUAAGAUCUUUAAUUUACCAAUUAGGCAAAGCAAUGGAAAGAGAAAUACAAAUAUGGUGGGAUAUAGCGGCCUUAGACUUCUAUGUGAAUAACAAUAUAGUACCAAGAGGCCUGAGGCUAUUUAAACGAUCCACCUAUAAAAGACAGGAUGCAACACUACUCAAAAAAUGGGAUCAACUUCUAGAUAAGGGAUCCCUAUUAUUAAUGGUAUUCCUUAUUAAUGAGAAGAAAAAGGACCUCACACAAUUAGAUUUGGAUAUCACAGAACUCAAAACAGCCAUCCGUCCCUUAGUGGAGAAUGGGGAGUUUGUGGAACUCCUAGACAAGAUAGAAAGAAGAGUUAAAGAUAUUGAGGCCAGUAUUAGGGAGAAUAAAAGGAAGAAAAUCAUUAGGGACCAAGCCGAUUAUGCAACACAGACACAGAGAAACUGGAAGAAAGACCCAAGACAGAGAUAUGACUCCCCCUCAAGACAACAAAGGGAAUUUAGACCACAAUACCAAAAAACAUAUAGGAACAGUCCAAUUCCCCAGAAGACCUAUAUGCGGAAGCAUACUACCAACUGGACCCAAUAUGAACCUACAUUGAAUAGAAGACAGAAUGACAGAAACUAUGAUCAUUACCGACCGAUGCAGAGGAAACAAAUACAUCGAGAGAAAUAUGAUCAACGUCCACACUAUAUCAAGCACUCACACUAUACGGAUUGGCAAUCACGUGAGUACCAACACGAAUAUACUCCAGAUCUUAGGGUUCUCCCCCUAGAUCGAGUUAAGGGUAAAUCCACUAAUAAGGACGACAAAGACAAAAGGGAUACUCAAUCUACUUCAGUAAUACAUGCAGAAAAUGAUUUUUUAGAAAAACGGGGGAGGAUUCCCCCCAGGAAAUUUAUGAUGGAGGAUUUCAGGUCUCCGGACCUGAGAAAGAAAAGAACAAUAAAAGAAACAGAAGAAGAAAACGACCAUCAAGAGGACCCAAUACAGUUGAAGAGGAGGAGAUAA